CCCAUUUGCUUCUUGCCUCCCCUUUCUACCCAUACAGCCCCUCCUCACCCCUGAUUGACUGAGCUCACUCACCCUCCGGCUCAGCUCACCCCCUCCUGCCCUGCUCAGCCCAGCUCGGCAUUCCCAUCUCGAUGCUCUUGGGCGCACAGAGGGCACUACGAUCAACGAGUCACUCCCUGCCCGCUUCCUUACCAAAGCGUUCCUUGCUCACUCGGACUCCUGUCUGGCGACCGCACCCAUCGACGACUCCUAUUCACACCACUCCUCGACGCUCAGCGACCUUCAGUGCUCUUCGCCUGCCACGUAGAUCGUCCUCUCAGACCGCUCGCCUCCUGAACACUUCCACGAGAAGCAUCAUCGAUCCGGCUGACCCCACGCUCGACCACGCUGCCACUGCCUCAACUACCAUGCCUGCCCACGCUCCCUUUCCAGUAGCUGGCCUCUUGCCCAAAGAAGCUACCGAAGCCGCAAAGUUCCUCUCCAAGCACCCCACUUACGAUGGACGCAACGUACGAGUCGCCAUCCUAGACACUGGUGUAGACCCAGCCGCUAGAGGUCUCAAUGGAAAGGGCAAGGUGGUGGACAUCAUCGACUGCUCUGGCGCAGGAGACAUUACCAUCUCCCCAGUCGAAGAGGCCUCUUCCACCGACAAGGAAGCUAUUGAGCUCAUCUCUCCAACCACCGGCCGAAAGCUCCUCGUCUCUCCCUCUUGGAAAAAGGACUCUUCUUCCCCCUGGCUGGUAGGUUUCAAGCGAGCCUACGACCUCUGGCCAUCGGACCUCGUAUCCCGCCGCAAAACCCAGAGAAAGAAGAAUUGGGACAUUGAAGUCGCGAAGCUCGUCGGUAAAGUCCAGCGGGAGUCUGCCGAUCUCGAGGCCGGAAGUGGGCCUACAGAUGAGAAGAAAAAGACUCAGCUGAAAGAGGAACUCAAAGCUCAGCUCGCCGUGCUGGGAGACCUCGACUCUUCCUACUCAGACCCCGGACCGCUACUCGAAACGGUCACCUUCUUUGACGGCUCGCACUGGCGGACCGUCGUCGGCGGGGCUGAGGGCGACAUCAUCGAACCCACAAAGGGUCUCCCGGAAGACUCGCUGCGAGCUCUGGCUGGACAGACCUUGGACUUGAGAAAGGCGUCUCCCUUGGCAGACUUCCACAUCGAGCAGCAGCACGACGUAUUUGGACCCGCAGACCUCCUCACCUAUUCUAUCAACCACGUCUUCGAGACGAGCAGCGAUGCCAAGCAGCCCUCGGGCAUCUCACUCGUCACCCUCUCUGGCUCCCACGGCACCCACGUUGCCGGUAUCACUGGUGCUCACUUGCCCGAGGAUGCCGAGGAGAAUGGAGUCGCACCUGGCAUUGAGAUAGUCUCUCUCCGCAUCGGCGACAGCCGCGUCAACGGCAUGGAGACUGGUCAGGCGCUUAUGCGAGCAGCGCAAGCGAUCAUCGCAACUAAUUGCGACUGCUGUAACAUGAGCUUUGGCGAGGACGGCGCAUGGCAAGUCGAAGGAGCUGGUGCAUUUGCUUCGGCACUCAGGGACAUCGUCAUUCGACAAAAGGACGUACUCUUUGUCUCUUCUGCCGGUAACUCUGCCCCUGCUAUGAGUACGUUGGGACAGCCUGCCGGUACUACCGAGGGAGUAUUCACCAUCGGAGCCUACGUCAAUAGCGGAGCCAUGCAGGAUGCAGAGUACGCCCUGGUCGAGCGAGGGGUCAAGGACUCGCCGACUACAUGGUCUUCUCGUGGCCCUGCUGCCGACGGAGCGAGAGGUACCACCGUGUACGCCCCCGGAGCGGCCAUCACGGCCAUUCCCAAGUACUGCCUUCAAGCGACUCAGCUCAUGAACGGUACCUCCAUGGCUUCGCCCAACGCAUGCGGCGUCAUCGCGCUCCUCCUCUCCGGCAUGAAGCAAGAAGGAAUUCCCAUCACCUCUGCUCGCGUUCACAAGGCUAUUGUCGCUACCGCCAAAGACUUCAACGACGAGCUUGGCAUCGGAUUCAUCCAGACCGACAAGGCCUGGGAGUACAUUGUUGCCAAUCAGGCUCGAGAGGACGCCGACUUUGAGUUCACCGUCGCCGUCUCUCCACCUGGCAAGCCCGUGGGAAGAAGCUCCACCGACAAGCGAGGUGUCUAUCUUCGCGAGAAGCUGGAAACUGGCAGGGUCGGCCAGUUCAUGGCUACUGUCAAGCCUCUGAUCAAGGGUACGGAACCUGAAAAGGCGUACAAUCUCCAGCUCAAGUGCAACCUCAAGAGUGACGCUUCGUGGGUGACCAGCCCAGAAUUCCUCCUCCUCGGCAGUAAUGGUCGGUCAUUUGAGAUCCGCGUAGAUCCCACUCACCUCCCGCCAGGUCUUCACAUUGCCUCCGUCAAGGGCUACGACUCUGCAGAUCCAGGUCUCGAGCUUUUCGAUGUCCCCGUCACAGUGACGAAGCCAGAAGUGUCCAACGAACCUACUGUCCGCUACUCGACGACGCUCAGGGAUGGCAAGCUGGAGCGCCACUUCAUCCACGUCCCCGAGGGCACGACUUGGUGUGAGGCUCGCUUCCGCUCCUCGAACCAUGGAGUCGAAGGCACGACUGCCAAGUUCUGGGCUCACCUGGUCACGGUAGAGCCCCAGCGUCGCUUGAGCUUCGUCGAGCAUUCAUUUGUGGUGGCCUUGACGUCGGGCGAGCCCAUGACUCGCAAAUUCGCCGUCAAAGGAGGGCAGACGUUGGAGGUGUGUCUGGCCGAGAUGUGGAAUGCAGCGCAGAAGUUUGACAUUGACUUUGAUCUCGAGUUCCACGGCAUCACCAUCGGACACGCCGUCAGUGGCAGGGACGAGCUCACCCUCAUCGGUGGCGAGGGAGCCGUCAAGAUCGAGUGCAUGAGCAAUGUCCGCCUCGAAGCCUUCACCCCUACCAUUUCCUUUAGCAAGCGCAGGACCUUUGUUCGUCCUUCCAACUCUGUCAUCCGGCCGUUCGUUGACCAGAGGAACCUGCACCCCAGUGGCAAGAUGAUGGGAGAGGUCGUCAACUCCUACCAGCUGACCAUUGGCGAGGGGGGGCCUGUGAAGCUCUCUUGGCCCACGUCGAGUCCUCUAUCAAACCUCUACGACUCGGCAGUUCCCAUGCUCACGGCCAUCUUCGAGACCAACACAAAGAAGCUAGUCUCCUUUGGCGACAUCUACCCCAAGGCAAAGGAGCUCGCCAAGGGAGAGUACACUGUGCGUGUGCAAUGGCUUAACGAGAACCCUGCCGUGCUCAAGGCCCUGAGGACGGCCACAAUGACCGUGGAGCAGAACCUGUCGAAAGGCAAGGACAUUACACUGAGCACCUACGAGAACCACGUCGAUCUCUUUGGCUCUGCUAAGCCAGCUUCGUACAAGGGCGGAGCUGUCAAGCUUCUGCCUGGCGAGAGAAAGGUGCUCAACCUGGACCUCAACCUUCAUGGCGAUGCCCUGCCCAAGGAGGCUCAGCCCGGAGACAUUUUGGUCGGAGACUUUGGCUUCGCUCCCGAUGGCAAGUACACCCUGAAGUACAUUGUAGCUCCUGCGCCCAAGAAGGAGGAGAACGGCGAAGGUGGAGGGAAAGACGACGAGCCUCAGCUGCCGGAGCUGCUUGCGCCUCUGACAAAGAAGCUCAAGGGGGAGCAAAAGAAGAAGUUCUUGGACACCCUGCUCAAGGACCAUCCUACCUCCCUGCCUGUUCUGCUGGCGCGGCUCGAAUCUCUGGACGCCGGCAAAAAGGAAGAAGUAGACGAUGUCGUCAAGGCUGCCGAUGCGGUCGUCAAGGAGAUCGACGUCCAGUCUGUCCUGCUCUAUCUCGGCGAGAAGCGCCUGCCCGCGAAUGAGCAGAGUGACGAGGAGAAGAAGGAGAAUAAGAAGAUGGAGGAGAAGAAGAAGGCUCUGGUCACUGCUUACGUGAAAAAGGGCAAAGCCCUCCUGACCAAGGACAAGGACGGUAAAGACGCCGCUUCUGCGUCGGCAUUCAAGACCACCUUUGAGUCGGCGCGCAAGUUGCUCGGCGAGACGACGGAGAAUCGAGAGUGGGCGACUUUGCGCAUUGCCAACUACCUCCGAGACGAAGGAGGUGAAGGGAGUCGCCCUGGACAAGCACUCCAGAGUGUUCGCAAGCUCAUCAAGGAGAUGGGCGUGGGUGACUCGACGAACAAGGACGAGCUGGCCAAGGCCAAGGAAAUGGAGAGGGAGCUGCUAGCUACGCUGGGCUGGGAUGUGUGGACAGCGUACGGAGAUCGAUGGAGGGUCAUUGACUCGCCAAAGGACUGGGCGCCCUUCUAGUGGUGCUCCCCAAUUGUCAUUGCUUGAACUGUCUUUGCUCGAAUUGGCCUGCUAGAAAUACACUUCUCCCCUCAUUGCUGUGAAUGCAGCCUUCGUCC